AUGUCCGACGAAUACGACUACGAGGCCGACCCCAACAAUGUACCAAUCGAACAACUGGUGCCAGUAUCGCUUACGUACGGACUCACAUUGAUACUUGGAUUGAUCGGAAACUGCUUAGUCAUUAUUUCGGUAGUCAAAUUUAAGAAAAUGCAGAACGUGACAAAUAUAUUUUUACUAAGUCUGGCUACGGCGGACCUUCUGUUGGUCACGAUAUGUGUGCCUGUUAAGUGUGUCGCAUUCUUUUCCUACACAUGGACGUUUGGAGCAGUGAUGUGCAAGCUCGUUCAUUAUGUACAGAACGUCUCAAUCUUGUGUUCAAUUAUGAACCUGACUGUGCUUAGCUUAGAAAGAUAUUACGCCAUCAUCCAUCCAAUAAGAGCUAAAUGCGUCAGCACGGUUACACUGGCCAAAAAGAUAAUCGCUGUCAUUUGGGUGCUCAGUUUUGUUCUGGCAACUCCAAUUUUAGAAGGAAGAAUACAUAAACCUGUUGGACCAGAAAACGCUACUGUCUACUGGUGCACCGUGAGCUGGGAGACACCAUUGUAUGGUCAGCUGUAUGGCGUGUACAUGUUCCUCUCGAUUCUUGUGGUGCCCAUGUGCCUCAUGGUCUUUGCAUAUUCUGGCAUUUGUAGAAAAAUGUGGGUACUGCACCGAAAACGACCAAACAUUGCCCAACAUAGGUAA